CGUUGACGUCCCAUCCCAAAAGUUGCUCUGAAAACAGAAGAUAGAGGGAGUCUCGGAGCUCGCCAUCUCCAGCGAUCUCUACAUUGGGAAAAAACAUGGAGUCAGCUCCGGCAGCCCCCGACCCCGCCGCCAGCGAGCCGGGCAGCAGCGGCGCGGACGCGGCCGCCGGCGCCAGGGAGACCCCGCUGAACCAGGAAUCCGCCCGCAAGAGCGAGCCGCCCGCCCCGGUGCGCAGACAGAGCUAUUCCAGCACCAGCAGAGGUAUCUCAGUAACGAAGAAGACGCAUACAUCUCAAAUUGAAAUUAUUCCUUGCAAGAUCUGUGGAGACAAAUCAUCAGGAAUCCAUUAUGGUGUCAUUACAUGUGAAGGCUGCAAGGGCUUUUUCAGGAGAAGUCAGCAAAGCAAUGCCACCUACUCCUGUCCUCGUCAGAAGAACUGUUUGAUUGAUCGAACCAGUAGAAACCGCUGCCAACACUGUCGAUUACAGAAAUGCCUUGCCGUGGGGAUGUCUCGAGAUGCUGUAAAAUUUGGCCGAAUGUCAAAAAAGCAAAGAGACAGCUUGUACGCGGAAGUACAGAAGCACCGGAUGCAGCAGCAGCAGCGAGACCACCAACAGCAGCCCGGAGAGGCUGAGCCGCUGACUCCGACCUACAACAUCUCUGCCAACGGGCUAACAGAGCUUCACGAGGACCUCAGCAACUACAUUGACGGGCACACCCCUGAGGGGGGCAAGGCUGACUCUGCUGUCAGCAGCUUCUACCUGGACAUACAGCCUUCCCCAGACCAGUCAGGUCUUGAUAUCAAUGGAAUCAAACCAGAACCAAUAUGUGACUACACACCAGCAUCAGGCUUCUUUCCCUACUGUUCUUUCACCAAUGGAGAGACUUCCCCGACUGUGUCCAUGGCAGAAUUAGAACACCUUGCACAGAAUAUAUCUAAAUCACAUCUGGAAACCUGCCAAUACUUGAGAGAAGAGCUCCAGCAGAUAACGUGGCAGACCUUUCUGCAGGAGGAGAUAGAGAGCUACCAAAACAAGCAGCGGGAGGUGAUGUGGCAGUUGUGUGCCAUCAAAAUCACAGAGGCUAUACAGUAUGUGGUGGAGUUUGCCAAACGCAUUGAUGGAUUUAUGGAACUGUGUCAAAAUGAUCAAAUUGUGCUUCUCAAAGCAGGUUCUCUAGAGGUGGUGUUUAUCAGAAUGUGCCGUGCCUUCGACUCUCAGAACAACACCGUGUACUUCGAUGGGAAAUAUGCUAGCCCUGAUGUCUUCAAGUCCUUGGGUUGUGAAGACUUUAUUAGCUUUGUGUUUGAAUUUGGAAAGAGUUUAUGUUCUAUGCACCUGACCGAAGAUGAAAUUGCAUUAUUUUCUGCAUUUGUACUAAUGUCAGCAGAUCGCUCAUGGCUGCAGGAAAAAGUAAAGAUUGAAAAACUGCAACAGAAAAUUCAGCUAGCUCUUCAGCAUGUCCUGCAGAAGAAUCACCGAGAAGAUGGAAUACUGACAAAGUUAAUAUGCAAGGUGUCUACGUUAAGAGCCUUAUGUGGACGACAUACAGAAAAGCUAAUGGCAUUUAAAGCAAUAUACCCAGACAUUGUGCGACUUCAUUUUCCUCCAUUAUACAAGGAGUUGUUCACUUCAGAAUUUGAGCCAGCAAUGCAAAUCGAUGGGUAAAUGUAUCACCUAAGCACUUCUAGAAUGUCUGAAGUACAAACAUGAAAAACAACAACAACAACAAAAAAAUUAACCGAGACACUUUACAUGGCCCUGCGCAGACCUGGAGCGCCAACACACUGCACAUCUUUUGGUGAUCGGGGUCAGGCAAAGGAGGGGAAACAAUGAAAACAAAUAAAAGUUGAACUUGUUUUUCUCAUGCAUAUGAUUUCCAUUAUGCCUACAGAUAUGGACCCUUUUUCUGUCUCAACUUCUCCAUCACUGACCUCUGUUUACAACUGAAGGAGGGUACUAAAGUCGGAGGAUUUCCUUUUCUUGUAGCUCACUGCCCACAGACUUUCUGCAGAGUCACCAAUCUGUCAGUAACAACAGAGUCCAGCAAUAAUCGGUGACUGGUGUGCUUAGCGAAGGUUGCAGCAUUAUUUUGCACAACUUGCUCUUUGUUUCAUGAAGGAAGUUUUUAUUUUUCCACCGAUUAUUGCCAGUCAGCAGGAUGGCAUGAAAAGGGUCCAUAGCACUAGCAACAAUAGCAUUAUAAUAUAUUACAGGGUAAAUGGGCAUGAAGACUAUAUAUAGCUAAAAGAGAUAUUGUUUAUAUAUUGUUUUAAUUAAUAUAAAAUGUAGUUACUGGUGUAGCUUUUCCUGUUGAAUUGAUAAGGCACUUUCAUUUUGCACCUUUUUCUUUAAAUUAAAUGCUAGCGUGUUCACUGUCGUGUCGCAUGUGCACCAGAAACACAAGUUUAACUGAGAAGGCUUGGAAGGUACGUCAGGAGGUAUUUAUGCUGCUGUUUACAAAUUACUUUUAAAAGACUGGCUGGUCAUAUCUAGAAAUCACGAUGUGGAUUCUUUUUUUUUACACAUGAAUUUGGAAUUAGAACUCUCCCUAAAUUAUACUUUGCUUCGUGGUAAGUUUAAAGAUAGAUGUGUUUAUGCUUCAUACAAAGUUGAAUGAUUGAUUGGUGCUAUGGACUUACACCAUGAUACACAUUAUUUUUAAAAAGCUUUUUUAAUGCCACCUCAUGGAGGCAGGGGAGGGAGGAGAGGCUCAUUUUACACAAUCCUAUAGUUAUAUGGAGUCCAUCUCAAAACUUGGAACUCUUACGCUUUGAGAGCAAAUCAGUAACCCAAGUAUUUAUUGGAAUUCAGCUUUUAUUACAAGAAGGAUCCAAAGAUUAUAUCUGGAGCAAACACACACUCCCCAUGUGAGGACAUGAAGCAUUUACUUUGUGAAUGAUUAUGUUCUUGGUAUAAUCUAGGAACCCUAAGAGGAUUUCUCAGAGUGAACUGGUUCUAGACUAGCUGCCUCUAGAUGCUUUAAUUCUAGAAUAUUGCUCUCCAUAGUUCAUAGACCAUGGAUAGUAGGGCGAGAGAGGCAUGCAAUGCAGAACCAGUUUCUCUUAUUUAAAUAUGAAAUAUUUUAAGCAUUCAAAGUGAAGUUGAUGUUAAGCUGCAAACAUUUACUCUUGUAUUUAUCUUCACUAGAAAACUGUGGACUGUAAUUUAUUUUAUUAAAUAUUUAGAAGAUUGUUUGGCCUUUG